CCCUGGUCCAACAUCAAGACUCUCUGCCUUUCAAACGACGAAGAAUGACAGCCGCAUAAUGUGCUGCCUACUGUGUCUACCUAAAACGGUGGAAAUGUCAAGCUCCAAAAAUAGCACGUCUAAGAAAGGACGUUAUGGGGCAAUUUGAUGGGCAAGCCAGCUUUGAUGUGCACAUUGGUAAUCUGAGGGUGAACACUAAGUACAGAGUCAGUGUGGGAGCGUAUGGCUGGGCAGGGGAGGGCAGACCCAGCAUGGCCAGAGACAUCAGCACUGCUUCACAUGACAUGUGCAUGCCUCCGUCACCCCCCACUCAGCCUGUUGUCAUGGCUGUUUCUGACACGGAGCUGGCGUUGUCAUGGCAGCAAGGAGAAAGUGAGGGAAGCUCACCUGUCCUUCACUUCCUGGUGGCUUACAUCAGGCCAGAAAUGGACACAGAGUGGACCUACAUUCGUGAGCCCAUUGUGACGAAUUCCAUGGUUCUGAAGGGGUUGUUACCAGAGACAGAGUACCAGUUUGUCAUCAGGGCUGUCAACAUGUAUGGAGCGAGCCCGCCCAGCCACAUCAACAGCCCCGUACGCACUCUGGGAGCAUCCGAGGUUGGCAGCGGAGAUUACGGACGUUACGUCACAGAUUCAAGGAACAAAGACGACGACAUGUUUGAUAUUGAUGACUCUGAUUACGACAUCUUUAUUGAAGAGUUGAAGCCAUUCCCAGGUAUCAACCAGGACAACAGGAAGUCACAGCUACGUUCACGUCCUAGUCCACCAUCUGGGAGAAAUGUUAUUUACAGAAUGAACACCAUCGCCCCACCCAACACAACUGCACCUCCAGCUCCAUCUACCACUUCGCCAUCAGUCCCAGACUUCUCAGAUCUGAUUUUUCCCACCACUUCAGAGCCCAGUACGACCAUCAUCACCACCACAACUGUACCACCCACAACAACCAGCAGCACUUUGCCCCCCACCACCACAACGCCCACCAUGUCCCCCUGGAAAGGUGAGGUACCGCGCGUGUAUGACCUGGCCUGUGAUGAUACGGUGUGUCCACCCGACAGCUUCUGUCUCAGUGAUUUUGACAGCGGAGGCUCCCGCUGCCACUGCAACCUGGGACGACGAGGGGACAUGUGCUCUGAGGUGAUACCAGUGAACUUCCCCAGAUUCUACGGGUACUCUCACAUGACGUUUGAGCCCUUGAAGAACUCGUACCAAACAUUUCAGAUCACUAUAGAGUUUAAGUCAGACUCUGAGGACGGGUUGCUGCUCUACUGUGGUGAAAACGAACAUGGCCGUGGAGACUUCACCUCUCUGGCUCUGGUGAGAGGAAAGUUGCACUACAGGUUCAACUGCGGUACAGGAGCUGCUCAGAUAGUCAGUGAGAGUCGUAUUGUUGUUGGCCAGUGGCACACGGUCACUGUCUUCAGAGACGGCAUGAGCGGCUGGCUGCGUAUGGACAAUGACACACCUAUAUCAGGACGCUCACAGGGUCAGUACACUAAGAUCACCUUCCGCUCCCCACUCUAUCUGGGAGGAACCCCGAGUGCUUACUGGCUGGUCAGAGCAACAGGGACAAAUCGUGGUUUUGUUGGCUGCAUUCAGAGUCUGACCGUCAACAACAAAGCCAUAGACAUUCGACCGUGGCCUCUAGGCAGAGCGCUCAGCGGAGCUGACAUAGGUGAGUGCAGCGACAGCGUCUGCGACCUGGUCAGCUGUGCUAACGGUGGAGUCUGCUAUGCAAACCGUGCUGAUGGUUACAUCUGCCUGUGCCCACUCGGCUUCAAAGGAGCCCUUUGUGAAGAGAGUUUCUCUGUGUCCUCACCACUCUUCAAUGAGACGGUGUUUUCGUAUGCUGUCAUCCCGUGGCCUCAGUCCUCUCAGAGUUAUCUCUCCUUUAUGGAGUUUGAGCUGACGUUUCGGCCUUCAAUGCCGGAUGGGACUCUGCUGUACAGUGAUGAUGCAGGCAGUGGAGACUUCCUGGCGAUCAACCUGGUGGAUCGAUAUGUGGAGUUCAGAUUUGAUUGCGGCUCUGGAGGAGCUACAAUCAGGAGUGAAGAACAGAUCAGUCUGGACUCGUGGCAUGAGCUGAGGGUGUCCCGGACAGCGAAGAGUGGGAUCCUUCAGGUGGACAACCAGAGGCCAAUGGAAGGAAUCGCUGAGGGAGCUUUCACUCAGAUCAACUGCAGUUCACCUCUGUACAUCGGUGGAGUCCCAGAAUACGACAAAACCAAGAGGACAGCAGGAGUAAAGAAGCCUUUCACUGGUAUUGUUCAAAAGCUGAUUCUCAAUGAUCGCACCAUCCCAAUAACCUCCGGCUCCGCUGGUGGAAUUAAUGUAGCAAACUCAAAUCACCCGUGUGUGGAAAGCCCCUGUGCCAAUGGAGGGACCUGCAGGCCAAAGUGGGAUAGUUAUGAGUGUGACUGCCCCCUAGGGUAUGAUGGGAGGCACUGCCAGAAAGCCGUGACAGAAGCCAUCGAGAUCCCACAGUUCAUCGGCAGAAGUUACCUCACUUAUGACAACAGAGAUAUCCUGAAAAGGGUGUCUGGCUCCAGGACGAACCUCUUCAUGCGUUUUAAGAGCACAGCCAAAGACGGCCUCUUGCUCUGGCGAGGAGACAGUCCAAUGAGACCCAACAGUGACUACUUGUCUUUGGGGCUUCAGGAUGGCGCUCUGAUCUUCAGUUAUAACCUUGGCAGCGGUGCAGCAACCAUUGCAGUCAACGGAACGUUUACUGAUGGGAAGUGGCACAGAGUUAAAGCCGUGAGGGAUGGACAGUCAGGAAAACUGACCGUAGACGACUACGGAGCAAAAACAGGCCGCUCACUCGGAAAGAUGCGACAGCUCAACAUUAACGGACCCUUAUAUGUUGGUGGCAUGAAGGAGAUAGCCCUCCACACGAACAGACAGUACGUUGGGGGCUUGGUUGGCUGCGUGUCCCACUUCACUCUGUCCACUGAUUAUCACUUAGCUCUGGUGGAGGACGCCGCUGAUGGAAAGAACAUCAACACCUGCUCCAACUAAAGACUGGCUCCAGUACUUAAAAAGUCCACUUUUGAUUGGAGCAUCAAGCAGCUGAUGUGAAAGACUGUCCUGCACCAGAUGAGUGAAAACAAAUCAAUUUGGGUCUAAUUCAGAGCUGAUGGUCUUUAACCGGAGCAGUGAACGUUUAAGUGGUUUCUGUGUGCAAAGUUUUCAAACACCUACCUUCCAAGCUGUAAGUUAAAUUCUAACAAUCAUGUCUUGUUGAAUUGCUCUGAAAAUGUCACAAGAAGCAAGGAAAAAAUGGAGAAUAUUACAAAGCACAAGCACUCUUUAAAAGCAGAGAAAAGCUAAGCAUUGUGGGAAAUGAGGGUCGUUGAAAAACCUUUUGAAGGACAUUUGUUUUCAGGGGAUGAUUCCAAUUGAAUCUUUAUUUUUCUACCGUAAAUCCCUGUUUGAUUGCUGGAAGACGUGAGCAAUCAGAGGGAUCAACAGCUAUUGCCAGUUUUUCAUGAACCUGACCUAGAUGCAGCACAGAUCACCGUCUUUGUAGAGGAUUUUGGUUUUGGCCCUAGAAGACAUGUUUUUUAACUUUAUUUUGUAGGAUUUUCUAUUGUGUUUGUGACGUGCUAUCAGUCUGUAGACUCAUUUUUAAAAGUCUGAAUGUCAGUUUUUUUUACUGGUCGCUAGUUUUAAAAGGUGAAGAUGCCAGCCACGCAAAAUAUUUGCUUCUUUGUACCUUCUUUUUAUUCUUUAGUUGACAUCCUCCUUUGUUGGAACUCUCACACCCCCGGUCACAUGCAAGUCUGAUGUGGACAUGGUAAAGCAGAUCAAAUCACUGAGAAACUGUGCAUGACAGUAUCAGUAGUAUCAUUCAAACCACCCUACUGCUGUCUGCAAGCUAAUGUUUAUUUAUUUAUUUUUUUUCAAAAAAGAGAUGAUUUUUAAUAUGUUAUUUGCUGUUCAAAGUUAGUAGCAGUGCUUUAAAAAGCUCUCUCAACCCUCAAAAUUUUUCAAAUGUUCCAUCUCCAAUGCUUGAAUAAUUAUUGUAUGAUAAAAAUGUUGACACCCCAAGAAGUGAAACCAAAUUUGAAUGAGAUGCU